AGCAGGGGAGUAGACAGCUCAGCCGCGGCGGAGGGAGUCUAUGCGCGCUGGACAGCAGUGGGAGGUGUGUGAGCCUCGCACUGGCCUCAGACCCUCGGGCGCAAUCGUCAGGGAGCUAGGACUCGGCGGCUGGACUGCCGGGCCACCCGGCCGAGGCUUCAGAGGUGCAAACUGAUGGGACUGGCUCUCUCGGCAGCGUCUCCCCGCUCUUAUAAGUACACUGAGCGGGGCCCGCGCUGAAGUAGAAGCUGUCGGGGGGCGCACAGCCCGGAGUCUCAGUGUGGCCUGGAGGAACGGAGCCCGUGCCUGGGCGCUCCGGUCGGGAGCCCCCGGAACGAGCUCGUGUGUUGGGGAGACUCCCACUUCUUCCCAAGGGUGCCGAUCCCGAAACGGUCGAGGCUUCGGGGCGACCGCCGAGUCUCCAGUGACGAGACCCCAUUGGGGAGAAGGCGCGCAGUCCCAAACAGUCUCGGAAAGCCGAGCGGAAUCCGGCGGGAUCACCCGGGGGCUCACAGCCCCCGUCGCGCCUCGUGCGGCGGAGAGGCCAGGGGAGCGAGCCCUCGGAGGCCGUAGCUCAUGCCCGGGUUGGGGGCGGCUGCCCAGUGAGUCUUCCUGGCCGGCGGGGCGGAGAAGAGCGACACCGAAGCCGGCGGGAGGGGAGCACUUCAAGGCCGGCGGCUGCGGAGGAUGGGCGCCUGAGCAGCUUGGAGCGCAGCGCGGCACGGGAAGGCGAGGCCAGCGUUGCUGAGGAGGCGCCAAGGGAUCCCAAAGUGCAGCCUGCCCCCCGGGAAGAUGGCCCGGCCUGGGCAGCGUUGGCUCGGCAAGUGGCUUGUGGCGAUGGUCGUUUUGGCGCUGUGCCGGCUUGCCACGCCGCUGGCCAAGAAUCUGGAGCCCGUGUCCUGGAGCUCGCUCAACCCCAAGUUCCUAAGUGGGAAGGGCCUGGUGAUCUACCCAAAGAUUGGAGACAAACUGGACAUCAUCUGCCCCCGAGCAGAAGCCGGGCGGCCCUAUGAGUACUACAAGCUAUACCUGGUGCGGCCUGAACAGGCAGCUGCCUGCAGCACCGUGCUUGACCCCAACGUGCUGGUCACCUGCAAUAGGCCAGAGCAGGAAAUCCGCUUCACCAUCAAGUUCCAGGAGUUCAGCCCCAACUACAUGGGUCUGGAGUUCAAGAAGCACCAUGACUACUACAUUACCUCUACAUCCAAUGGGAGCCUGGAGGGACUGGAGAACCGAGAGGGAGGCGUGUGCCGCACACGCACCAUGAAGAUCGUCAUGAAGGUUGGGCAAGACCCCAAUGCUGUGACACCUGAGCAGCUGACUACUAGCCGGCCCAGCAAGGAGGCAGACAACACUAUCAAGAUGGCCACGCAGGGCCCUGGCGGACGGGGCUCCCUGGAUGAUUCUGAUGGCAAGCAUGAAACUGUGAACCAGAAGGAGAAAAGUGGCCCCAGCGGGAGUGGAGGCAGCAGCGGGGACCCCGACAGCUUCUUCAACUCGAAGGUGGCGUUGUUUGCAGCCGUAGGCGCUGGCUGUGUCAUCUUCCUGCUUAUAAUCAUCUUCCUGACCGUCCUGCUACUGAAACUACGCAAGCGGCACCGCAAGCACACGCAGCAGCGGGCGCCUGCCCUCUCGCUCAGCACCCUGGCCAGUCCCAAGGGGGGCAGUGGCACGGCGGGCACCGAGCCCAGCGACAUCAUCAUCCCCUUACGGACUACAGAGAACAACUACUGCCCCCACUAUGAGAAGGUGAGUGGAGACUACGGGCACCCCGUCUACAUCGUCCAGGAGAUGCCGCCCCAGAGUCCAGCGAACAUCUACUACAAGGUCUGAGGGCCCGGGCGGCCUCGGCCCCGAGGGACAGUUGGCCGGGACUGCACCUCUCCUUCCUCACCCAUGUCCCUCCCCUUGCCAGCUGUGCCCACCUUUGUAUUUAGUUUUGUAGUUUCUUGGCUUUUAUAAUCCCCCUUUUGCCCUGCCCCCUGGGCUUUGGAGGGGGGUGCUUGUGCCCCUAGCCCCCAUGCUCUUGUGCCUUCCCCCUCUGGCCAGGCCUCUGGGCUCUGCGGGGGCACCCCUUCUUGGAGGGCAGGGUCUGAUGCUGAUGGACAGCAGGCAGGGAGUUGCCCCCCCCCCACGGCCCUGCCCCCCUCCUCGCCCCGUUUCUCCCUUCCCAGGACUGCUUGUCCACUAUCAUCACUGUUUUUAAUGUUUUUGCGUUCAUUUUUUAGCUGUCAAUUCAUUUCCAUCUGGUUUUUUUUUUUUUUUUAAGAAAAAUGGAAAAGGCAGCCCCUCCCCAGCUUUUCUGAGCCCGGCUGACCCCAGUAUCAGGGGCCUGGGGCAGGAUAUGGCCAGCCAGGAAGUAGAGGAUGGCAUUUCUUUUAUAAACUCCUUGGCAUUUGUUGGGUGGCGGGGUGGGCCAGGGCUGUUCUUGCCCACGAGGGAAGACGAGAGUGCCACUGGACAAGGUGUCUCACCCUUCCCCCACUGACCCUCCUUCUGCAGUGCUGAUCUUGGCAAAUGGGGUAGUGGCUGCCAUCCUUCCACCAAAAAAAAAAAAAAAAUCCCUUCCUUGUGGGAUUCUUGGGCAUCUCCUGCCUCCCUCACUCUCACGGUAAUUAACGUCUUAAUUGGCUGUUGUCUGGGGAACAGGAGAGCUGCUGCAGGCAGAUGACCUCAUGGGGGGUGGAGGGAGGUGAGGUGCCCAGGUGGCUAUUUGCCCUGCAGAGCUGGGAGUUCCCCCUUUCCCCUCUGCCCUGUUCUCCCCUCACCUUUAGCAUUUCAGCUUGGUGGGGAAACAGAGGCCCAGGGCAGAGAACUAAGCGGGUAUAAGGCCAGGUGGCCUGCUCCUUUUGUGGGCUCUAGCACAGGUGGGUGCACCCUCCCCCAACCCAGCUCCCACUGGCCCUGCAAUCUUGGGCUGGGGCUUGGAAAGAGGAAGAGGCUUGCCUAGGGCUGGGCUAGCACGCCGUGCACUUUGACCCCGGCUCCUUGCCAGCACGGCUGCUAACAGACUGCCACUCACAUGCGCCUUGCAGGCGCUCCCAGAGUGGCCAUGGAAGGAGCUGGGCCUCACAUCAUCCACCUCCACACUGCCUCCUGGCCAGCUGCCCACCCCAGUGCCAGGUGGGAGAGGGAGCGGAACAGCCAGCCCCUUCCAGGUGGCAGUCGGAAGGGUUUUUUGUUUUUGUUUUUGUUUCUGUUGCCAUUUGUGUAAAUACUAGUCUUUUUGGAAAAAAAAUAAUGUAAAGAUGUUUUGUAUAAACUCUGAAUUAUUUUCUUGUUGCUUUUUUCUUAGAAAAAAUGAGAACUAAAAAAAAAAUUUAACCACAUGGAG